CCAAAUAUACAAACAUAAAGCACAACAUGUCUAUAAUUUCAGAAAUGGGAAAUCAUAGGGCUCUGAUCACUCAGCAUACCUUGGUUGUCCUCCUGAUACUGACUCAUUCUGAGUGAGGUCAGUAGGGACAUCUGAUCGUGGGAUGGGAUUGGGGAUUGCCAAAGUCUUCGUGAGAGGGGAGAAUUGGGACUAGAGACCAGUUGGACUUAUCUGAAUUCCUUCCCCCAGUAUGUCACACUCUUCUGGAUGCAAAGGAAUUAGGGAUGGGAAAAUUUAAACUAUUGCGGUCUGGACCUGGUUUCCCUCUAGGUUCAUUAGCAAAUCUUAAAAUGCAUAGGCAUAAACUGGUGUUCUUGAGAGUUGAUGUAUGUAAUCUAGCCAGAAACUGAAUCUAGAUCCCAUGUAUUAUCCUUUCUGCUCUUCCCCCACAUCGGUUUAUGGAAGAAUAUGGAGUUUGGGAGUGUGGCUUAGGGACUAGACUAGACUCAUGAUCUGUCACAUGCCUGGAUAUUGGGGGAAGUGUGUGGAGAAGCUCAUGACUGGACCUGGGUUGGGGAUUUUAGUAAUAGAGACAGAUAAUGUUCAUCAGGCAUCCCGUCAAUGUUUUAGCAACAAAGAAGUCACAUGUGAGUUUGUCAGUGCCGUGGCAUUGAUUCAUGUGCUGUCAUAAAUUACCAAGAAUACUGGUUUUGGUUACUUUUAGAACUAGUUGCAUCUGGACUUUCUGGGCAUAUCCUUCCUCAGCAAAACUAUGUUAGGCUGGGAGAGCUAUUCCUGUGCAUGGAAGCAAUGACAGUGGUUAACCAACAAGCUUAUAAAUACAAAUGAUUUUGGAGCCUAUGGCUUCCCUUAUAUACUCCUUCCUAGUCAUUUUUACUUAUUCCCUCAUCUCUGAUGUGUCAGAUACAAAUUCAAAAACAAGUUCUAAAGUUGGAGAGGUGGAUAACAGGAAAAGAUAUAAUCCACCAAUGUAAUAAUAAGACUAGGACUGUCCCUCUAUCCACCAAAAAGAAGGCAAUCCCCAGCUUGAGUGUGUAUUGAGGUCUAUUUUUUGUCUACCCUCAAAGACAGUCAAUCUAAAAGCAGCUCUCCACCUUGGCUUGCACACUCCACAUACAGACACAGACACUGCAAAUUCGCUGCCUCCUUCCCUCCUCCCUAAUCCCCCGUCUCAGCAUUUCUGUCCCUGCCUCCCUCCCCUAUCCGAGAUUUCCAGCCAACAGCUGGCGCUGACUUCCGCAAUUCGGAUGGAAUAAAUCCUGCACUCCUGGUCAUCCGCCCACAUCAACACUUCCUUGCAGAAACGAGCCCAGAGGACAGAUGCCCAUCAGCAGGAUGUGGGGGUUUGAGGUUCUGUUGUUGCUGCCCAUGGUGAGCUCUGCUCUCUACCCUGAGGAGAUACUGGACACCCAAUGGGAGCUAUGGAAGAAGACCUACAGGAAGCAGUAUAACAGCAAGGUGGAUGAAAUCUCUCGGCGUUUAAUUUGGGAAAAAAACCUGAAGCAUAUUUCCAUCCAUAACCUUGAGGCCUCUCUUGGUAUCCAUACAUAUGAACUGGCAAUGAACCACUUGGGGGACAUGACCAGUGAAGAGGUGGUUCAGAAGAUGACUGGACUCAGAGUACCCCCAUCCCGUUCCCGCAGUAAUGAUACCCUCUAUAUCCCAGACUGGGAAGGCAAAGCCCCAGACUCCAUUGAUUAUCGAAAGAAGGGAUAUGUUACUCCUGUCAAAAAUCAGGGUCAGUGUGGUUCCUGUUGGGCUUUUAGCUCUGUGGGUGCCCUGGAGGGCCAACUCAAGAAGAAAACUGGUAAACUCUUAAAUCUGAGUCCCCAGAACCUGGUGGAUUGUGUGUCUGAGAACGAUGGCUGUGGAGGGGGCUACAUGACCAAUGCCUUCCAGUAUGUGCAGAAGAACCGGGGCAUUGACUCCGAAGAUGCCUACCCAUAUGUGGGACAGGAUGAAAGUUGUAUGUACAACCCAACAGGCAAGGCAGCCAAGUGCAGAGGGUACAAAGAGAUCCCUGAGGGGAACGAGAAAGCCCUGAAGAGGGCGGUGGCCCGAGUAGGACCCAUCUCUGUGGCCAUCGAUGCAAGUCUGACCUCCUUUCAGUUUUAUAGCAAAGGUGUGUAUUACGAUGAAAACUGUAAUAGCGAUAAUCUGAAUCAUGCGGUUUUGGCAGUGGGAUAUGGGAUCCAGAAGGGGAAAAAGCACUGGAUAAUUAAAAACAGCUGGGGAGAAAACUGGGGAAACAAAGGCUAUAUCCUCAUGGCUCGGAAUAAGAACAACGCUUGUGGCAUUGCCAACCUGGCCAGCUUCCCCAAGAUGUGACUUCAGCCAGCCAACCCUAUCCUGCUCUUCCAUUCCUUCCGAUGAUGGUGCAACGAAGUGAUGUACUUUGGAAGGGAGUUGGUGUGCUUGCUUGAAGCAGAUAUAUUGAUACAGAGAUUGUCCAUUCAUUCUCCUCAUUUGUUUGUGCUUCAGGUGACACUCCUACUACUCUCCUUCUCUCCACCCAAGGCCUUUAUUUUUCACUGUGGCCACAGUAGGAAUUUCCCUAACAGGUAUGCAAUCUUAGGCUAAGAGAUGUGACCACAACCUGCCCUGACUGUGUUGUCCUGGGGCUGAUGCUGUGCAAACAGAAGAGGGAGAUCUUCAGCUAGGUUGGAUGCUCAUUCACAGGGCCUAGUUAGCUUUGACCACUCUAGGGGGCAAAGGUAAUCUGACUUGUCAAUCUCCAUGUUCACUUCUUCUAUAUCCCAAGGUAGAAAUAUCUAUGUUUUACACCUCAAUUCAUAAAUUUAUUCAUCAAUUUUUGGUACAAGUUAACAUGAUAAAAGAAAUGUUUCCUUUUUCUUCUUUGCAUUUUUAAAAUAAACCUAAUAUUUAUCUCUUGUCUAUGACUUAAUAAAUAGCUAUUUAGUAACCACUCAUUUUGUGUUGGAUACUGUGCUAGGUGCUGGAGACAAAAAAGUGAAUAAAACAUAUUCCUUAUA